AUGAAGAUUGACAGCCUUGGAGCCCAGCAGGCACUUCUGCGCUGCCUGGAGUUCUUGAGGGAUGCCUGUCUGCAGCAGGCCCGCGUGCUGCUCGUGCGUCUGGAGGUCCCUGGCCCUCUGCAGGAGAUGAGUGUGGAGUGUGUCUGCCGUCGUCUGUCCCGUUCCUGCCGGGGUCUGUGCUCUCGGGACUUCGCCCUUCCCCAGGAGCGGGACCAGGAGGAAGACGGCAGCUUGGAGAUCCGGAAAGUCAUGGCCCUCGGCUCAGUGCUUUUCAGGGACGUGGCCGUGGUCUUCUCCCAGGACGAGUGGGAGCAGCUGCUGCCGGCGCAGAGGGCUCUGUACCGAGACGUGACGCUAGAGACCUACCGCAGCCUGGCCUCGCUGGGACUCACCAUCUCCAAACCUGAUGUGAUCUCCUUGCUGGAACAAGGAAAGGCGCCCUGGACGGCAGAGAGAGCGUCGUGGGCAGGAGGCCUGGGCCUGGUUUUUCAAUGAAGAAAAGAAAAGAAAAAGUUAGCUCCAGAGCACUGUGUUUACGACGUAGACUCGCCCUGCGGGGAGGACUCAGCAAACCUUACACACUUGGGACUCGAGUGUUUCCAAGACUGCUGGGCGCACCGCGGCCACGGGAACAGAGAACCGAGAAGUGCCGCCGGGCGGUUCCGUCCAGCGCUGCUCCAUCCUGAAGGCGUGGCGCCUGUUGACCAGCACACAUCCUUUAGGCUUUGUGAGAAAAUCUACACCGCAGAAAAACCCUGCAGCCGUAAGGAAUGUGGGAACGGAUUCUGGCAAAAGGGGCUCCUCAUGGGGCCUCCAGGAGUCCAUAGUAACGAGAAGCCCUAUAAAUGUGGGCAGUGCGGGAAGGCCUUUAAAUAUGGCUCGAGACUGGUUCAGCACGAGAACAUUCAUUCCGGCAAAAAGCCCUACGAGUGUCAGGAAUGCGGGAAGGCCUUCAACUCGGCUUCCAACUUCAUUCAGCACCAGAGGGUCCACACGGGGGAGAAGCCGUACGCGUGCUCGGCCUGCGCGAAGGCCUUCGGCCGCAGCUCACAGCUCAUCGAACACCAGCGGAUCCACACGGGCGAGAAGCCGUAUCAGUGCAGGGAGUGUGGCAAGGCCUUCAACCGCAUCUCGCACCUCACGGUGCAUCGGAGGACGCACACCGGGGAGAAGCCCUACGCGUGCCCGGAGUGCGGGGCGAGCUUCAGCCACCGGUCGCAGCUGAUGCAGCACCAGACGGUCCACACCGGCAGGAAACUCUACCCGUGUCGGGAGUGCGGCAAGGCCUUUAAUCAGGGCUCCACACUGAGCCGGCACCAGAGGACCCACAGCGGCGAGAAGCCCUACGGCUGUGAGCAGUGCGGCAAGACCUUCAGGGUGAGCUCCCAGCUCCGGCAGCAUCAGAGGACGCACAGCGCCGAGAAACCCUACCUGUGUAAGGUGUGCGGCCGGGCCUUCAGACGGGGCUCGCACCUGACGGCGCAUCUCAGGGUCCACGCGGGCGGCGGGAAGGCCGUCGGGCCCCCCUCACGGCUGGGUCCCACCCAGGAGGAGCCCUGUGGGCACCGGGCACGUCGGAGGACCUCAGGACACGACUCAGCGGCCGCCGGGCGUCAGAGACUGCGAGGCAGAGAAGCACGCGUGGAUUUCCUAAAGGCGGACAAGCCUGCCCUCGGCACCUACCCCUUGUUCAUCAUCAGAGAACUCAUGUUAGCCAGCAACCACGUGGGCGGGAGCCCCACGGAGCGCCCGCUCGCCCCAGCUCCCCGCAGCUGA